CAGCCAGAGCUUCCUGGUGGCAAGCAGGAAAGGGGUCACUCUCGACAGCGUGAGCCGCCUCAAGGCCCGAUGGCAAGAUGGUGCAGACAGGAGCGUGUGCGAGGAGAAAGCAGCCAAGGCAGAGCAUGACAGGUACUUCCUUGCAGCCCUUGCCAGCACACACGUGUAUGACCACACAGCAGGCAACGUGACCCUUGCGCUGGGUAUGGAUCAAGCAGAGCUGGAGGCGCUGCUCUGGUUCUUCCGCAGAGAAGACCCGUCAGCGUGGAAUUACUCCAUCCUUUUACUUUCCUUCAUGACCAUGAUUUUGGGUCUUUCCCUCCUGGCGAUUAACGUUGUGCGAAACAGGAAAAGGAAGAUCCACAUGUAUAGAGCAAGAGUGAGAACCACCCAGCAGGCUGAGCUGGAAGCCACGCAAGCCCUGAUGCCUGUGCAGGAGUACAGCCCGGCCGAACUGCGAAAGCAGGAGCCAGAGCCCCAGGAACAGAGAUCGGGAGAAGUGGUGGUCCAGUGGAAGGAUGGGACCGUCACGUCUCUGUACACAGUCUGGUCCGAGGAUGCCAUAUAA